AUGGCACACUAUUACAACCACGACUAUGCCGCAGGGUCUUCGUCUACAUUGACUGUCGAUCGUCCGUCGCCAGUACGCCGCUUACCCUCGUUGCCCGGCACUACACCGCCUGCCACCCCUGGUUCUUGGGAAUCAAGACGGGUUUCGAGGCCUCUGCCUAAAAUUCCCCGCGCUCUUAUUUGCAAGCAAUGCUCGACCAUUAUCACGUCUAACAACGUCCUUCUACCAUUAUCUCAGAUACCACCAGAUUCGCGAGCCUUCAGAGGUUUCGCCGGGAAAGCAUCCCUGUUUACUGAAACCUACAACGUGAAGGUCGCGAAACCCGGCAUACAACUUAUGGCCACCGGAGCACACACGAUGUCCGAAAUUUCAUGUGGGGGCUGCAAUACAUACCUCGGAUGGAAGAUCGUACGCGCCCACGAACCCACAGAGCGCUGGAAGGAAGGCCACUUCCUCCUCGAGCUGGAGCACAUGUACGCACAACCGGACACCGUCGCGCCGCUCAGCCUACGCCCUCAAUCCCAAACUCGAAGCCGGAAAUCAAUCGGAUCCGAUACAAAUUCAGAAUGA